ACAUGUGCAGCAGCCAGGGGAAUGUGCUGUGCUUCACCAUAGAUUUUGGAUCAGGCUUCACCUGCUCAGAAAGUUCUUCAAAGACUGCACUGUGGCGAUAUAAGUUCUCUCAACUUAAAGGCUCCUCUGAUGAUGGGAAAACCAGGGUGAAACUGCUUUUCAAGAAUGCUGAAAGCAACCAAAUAGAGAUGAAGGAACUAGAGUUUGCCAAUCUAACGGCCGUCCUUCACUGUAUACAUUCUUUUAUCGCUGCCAAAGUGGCCUCCAUGGACCCUCUCUUUAUGUGCAGUCAAAGCUUCCCUGGAAAUUACAUAAACAGUUAAAGACUCAUCCUCAUUGUCAUGUGCAACUGUGGCAAACCAGAAGUAUUUUAUGCACAGUGCCAAUUAAUAUGUAUAUCUUGUUCUUGCUAUUUUUGUAUGAACGACUUCAAAAAAGAGUAUUUAUAAAUGACUGUAUAGGUAGAUAAUAGGCGCUUUCACACCGGAGUACUUUUCCCUUUUAGUUCCGAUAGUUCCUGGGAUUUUGAGUUCACAUCAAAAAGAGAACUUAGUUCAUGAGAACUUUUGCCCCCUUUUCAGUACCUGCUAGAGGUGGUACUAUCCUGGGGAGAGAAAAGUUCCAAUUUCUGAUUG